UUUUUUUUUUUUAAGAAUAAUUUUUUAAAAUAUUUGUUUGAUGUUUUGUAAAACAAAAAUUCGUUUAAAAACCUAAAAUAUUUUUUCACAUAUUUUUAAAAAUAAUUUUUAUAUGUUGUAUUUUAUUUUUAUUCAUUUUAAAUGUUUGUAUUAUUAUUUUUUAAAACAAUUUUAAGAAAACAAGUUAAAACAAUUAAAACAUAAUAUCAAUUCAAUUUGGUUUGCAUGGGUUAUAAGAAAAUCAAAUUGAAAAUCAAAUCAAUAACAUCAUUUUCAGAAUUUCAAACUAGUCGGCCUUUACAGUGUCAAAAAUCAAAGCGGUUGAUCGAUUGUGAUUGAACCGAAUCAGUUUUUAGGUUUUCACUCACACCUUUAAUUCAAAGCCACCUAUUCUAAACAAAUUUUUCAAACACAAUAUCAAGAAGGUAAUCUGUCUUUUCAGAACCAUCGCCCUACUAAAAAAAAUAUUCUUGUGAUAGGUCCUGUUUCUGGUCAAAAAUAUAGUGAAAUCAUCUUUCCUAUUCUUUCUCCCGACCCUGCUACUAAGAAAGAUGUUCACUUCUUAAAAUAUCCCAUAUACGUAGGCGGAAACAAGGGAAGGGGUUAGAUUUAUCCUGAUGGGGAUCAAUUAUGGAACCUUAGUCUCCACGAGCUUAUUAGCUAAAUGAUAAUGGACACGUGCAACAUUACCAACCGCUUAUCGUGCAUUUCAUAACUCUGCACUACAAAACGCAAUUAUGGAGAUCUGUCGGGUAAUCCAUUCCAAUGCAAGACAACUUGAGAAGGCAUCUCGUACAUUGGUUUCAACUGUUAAAUGUGGUGAUGAGGACAUGACAGCUAGAUGGAGUAAAUGGAGAGUUGUAGAGAAAGGUAAAGAAAUUGUAGAACCAUGGGCGCUACUCACUAGACCCCAUUCCAAUUCUUCUAUAUACAAAGUGUGUGGACCAAGUGUUUGUUGCUUGUACCUUGAAUACCAUACCUUCUCUUUUGAAGACGACAAAUCAAGCCUUCACAUGCGAAACCCUCCAUCACAAUUAUUUCAACCCCACCUCUUUUUGAGGCCGUCCCUUUAUGGGGUUUUCACCAUUUUAUCAAAAAAAAGAAAAGAGAAAAAGGAAAAAGGAACGAAGGCAUAAAAAAAUGGAUCAUCCACCAUAGGUAUCUCUUUUUCUCUGUUUUUCUCUGAGGCACACAUCAAACACCUUGGGAUGGCUUCAAAAUAUGUGAGAAUUCUGGGGUUGUUGGACUUGUUGGUGAUGAUGCUGCUCAUGUCUGCAAGCGCAGACUUCGCCAAGGAUAGGCAGGAGUGCGCAGACCAGCUGGUUGGCCUCGCUACUUGUCUUCCUUAUGUACAGGGUGAAGGGAAGGCCCCCACUCUUGACUGCUGUACUGGGCUCAAACAAGUCCUGCAGAAGAGCAAAAAGUGCCUAUGCGUACUGAUCAAGGAUCGGGACGACCCGAAUCUUGGCUUCAAGAUCAAUACUACGCUUGCUCUUAGCCUUCCCACCGCCUGCAAUACACCGGCCAACAUGUCUGAGUGUCCUGCUCUUCUGCAACUCCCACCAGGCUCACCUGAUGCUAAGAUAUUCGAGGAGUCCGGGAACAGCACGGUUACAACCAAAAGCACCCCAGUUGCAAGCGCUAAGGCCAACUCGACUAGCAGUGGAUCGAGCUCUGAGAUGAGGAGUGGUGGCUGGCGGAGGAGGAGAUGGGUGGGAGUAGAACUGGUUUUUGGGCUUCUCUUCUUGAUUGUUUCUCACCUCCUGCUUAGUUCGCUUUGAUGUUUACAGGCAAAACAUGUCCACACAGUCACCUUUACUAUCUUGAUAAGCUUCAUACCCUGUUGCAUACUUAUUCUAUGAUCGGUUUCUCUCUUGCUUUCA